AUGCCAUCUAUCUCACAGCAGCUCAGUGAUAUAUAUCACAACACUGUUGAACUUAACAGACAGAAGUUACGAUCUAUCAUAAAAACUGUUGUGCUUUGUGGUAAACAGAACAUAGCAUUACAAGGCCACCGUGAUGACUUGUCACACAUAGAGGAAGCUUCAGGCAACCCAGGAAACUUUCAAGCACUGCUGAAUUUCAGAGUGGAAGCUGGCGGUAAAGUGCUUGUGAAUCAUUUUGCCAACGGCCCAAGAAAUGCAACAUACUGCUCUAGGAUGAUCCAAAAUGAGAUCAUAGAAGUGUUAGGCACUUACAUCCAAGACAAGAGCAUUGCAGAGAUCAAUGAAGCAGGUGCAUUUUUCCUACUGGCAGAUGAGGCAAGUGACAGCACAAACAAGGAACAACUACCAGUCAUUCUAAGGUUUGUCAACAAAGAAAGAAUUGUCAGAGAAGAAUUCGUUGGGUUCUACAAAAGUAAAGACAACGUCACUGGUCAAGCUAUAGCCUUUCUUAUAAUGAAGGCCAGUCAAGAACUUGGCUUGUCUAUGAAUUACUGCAAGGGACAGUGUUAUGACGGUGCAGGCAACAUGUCAGGACCUUGUAAUGGUGCUGCAGCCAUCGUCAGAAGGUAA